GUCUGUGUCCCAUACGGGUAUCUGCUUCGGAGAGACCGAGCAGAGGCGGGAAAUGGCGCCUGGUAACACAACGGUGUGUCAUAGCGAAGACGGCCCCUGAGCGAGUAGACGUGCAGAAAAAGUCCGAGGCGCGCUCAAAAAACAACCAGCGCCUCCGCCGUGAUGGUUUGACUGCCCCGGGUCGUCGUCUUUCACAAGCAGCGGAUCACAUCCACCCUUACAUGUGACUGCUAAAACAAUGAGGCUGAGAAUGCGUAAGGCGUCUCAGCAGUCGAACCCCGCGCUGGCCAGCCGCACAUCCCGAACCAAGCGGAGGCACUCCGAAGUAGAAGAAGACCCUCCUGCCACCGGAGGGAGGGGAUUGUUUUCCACCAUCAAGAAGUUCAUCAGAGGAAAUGCUGUUAAGUUGCAGCCAGAAAGCCCAGCAAAGAAGACCCGGCUCCACUGUGACGUGGACAACAACCUCAUCACCUCUACCCCUCCCAACACAAACGCCCCCAGGAGGACCGUGAGCAGAGUAGGCAAGAAAGGCUCGGUUAACGGACAGGCAACCAAUCAUGACAGGAGUAAGGAGAAGCCAAACGGCAGUCUGGAGGAGACGACUGCUGUUGAGGUGCCCACCAGCCCUCCUAGAACCACGCUUCUCGGGACCAUCUUCUCCCCGGUUUUUAACUUCUUCUCACCAGCUAAAAAUGCCUCGUCGGGCUCAGACUCCCCUGACCAGGCUCUGGAGGCCGAGGAGAUAGUCAAACAGAUGGAGCAAGUGGUGGAGACGCCCACCAGCACAGCCACGUCCACACAGGACCUGUGUGCCACCACUAAUUUCUACUCCAGCGUGUCUCACCUGCCGCCUCUCCGGCCUCCGCACAUCCUGGAGGCGUCCCCCACGGCGGAGGAGGGGGAACUGGACCCCAACGCCGACCUCCCCCCUCUCACAGCUCCCGGCUCAAAUCCAGAAAUGACGUACGUGGAUGUUCCUCCACCCGCAGUACCACCAGAGGCAUCCUAUGAGGAAGACUGGGAGGUCUUUGACCCGUAUUUCUUCAUCAAGCACGUUCCUCCGCUGACCGAAGAGCAGCUCACCCGUAAGCCGGCUUUGCCUCUGAAGACACGCAGCACGCCUGAAUUCUCUCUGGUCCUCGAUCUGGAUGAAACUUUGGUUCACUGCAGUUUAAAUGAGCUGGAGGACGCAGCACUUACCUUUCCUGUCCUCUUUCAAGAUGUCAUUUACCAGGUGUAUGUGCGCUUGAGGCCAUUCUUCAGAGAGUUCUUGGAGCGCAUGUCUCAGAUAUAUGAGAUCAUUCUUUUCACAGCUUCUAAAAAGGUGUAUGCAGACAAACUGCUGAACAUUUUGGACCCUAAAAAGCAGCUAGUGAGACACAGGCUAUUUCGGGAGCACUGUGUCUGUGUCCAGGGAAACUAUAUCAAGGACCUCAACAUCUUAGGCAGAGACUUGUCAAAGACCAUCAUCAUCGACAAUUCACCACAAGCCUUUGCAUAUCAGCUGUCCAAUGGGAUUCCCAUCGAGAGCUGGUUCAUGGAUAAAAACGACAACGAGCUUCUGAAGCUGGUGCCCUUCUUGGAAAACUUGGUCGAGAUGAACGAGGACGUGCGGCCACACGUUCGGGAGAGGUUCCGGCUCCACGACCUGUUGCCCCCCGACUGAACUCAGCCGCAGCCUCUCAGGAUGGGAAAAGAUGAGAAGACUGAAAAACAUGUUUUUUUUUUUGUUUGUUUCGUUGUUUUUUUAAGAAAAAGAAGCCUCUGGAUUACAAACUACAACAUUGCUAUUACUUUUUAAAAAAUUCAGGCCUUUCCCCCCCCCUUUUUUUUUCUGUCUUAUUUUAAGAUCCACUUUUGUUUUCUUUUUUUUAAAGAGAAACUUCAAAGUUUUUGAAAGAUCUGGGUGUAAUUUUCUAAAAAAAAAAAACAAAAGGAAAAAA